CAUAAAAUAAAAUAAUACCGCCAUCUGUUAUCAUAAUAACGAAUCAUCAAAGUUUGAUGCAUUUUAGGUUAUAACUAUCAUUAUUUAAAUCAAAAAUGAUUGAAGACGUUCAAAGACAUUCAGUGCACACCUUAGUGUUUCGUUCUUUAAAACGUUCACAUGAUAUGUUCCUCUCAAACCAAGGGUUAUUACCGCCUGUGGACCAAGUAGCGGAUAAUAUUCGCCGAAUGAUAAAAGCUCGUGAUAAUUACGGAUUAGUUUUUGAUGAUGUAAAGAAAAUGAAGGCAAUGAAGCUGCUACAAGAAGUUGAAAGUGGGCCAUUACUUCCUUCCGGAGCGGUUCCUUUAAAUGACAGUGAAGGACAUACUAUGGAUAAUCAAAUUGUACCUUACACAGAUACCUCUUUGAUUCAACGACCUACAGAACAAAGUCAACAGAACCAAUUAAGUAAUUUAAAAAGGAAAGUUCCAACAAUGCCAAAACCUAAAUGGCAUGCACCUUGGAAGUUGUAUAGAGUUAUCGCGGGGCAUUUAGGUUGGGUUAGGUGUGUGACAGUAGAACCGGGGAAUGAAUGGUUUGCCACUGGUGCUGCUGAUCGCAUUAUAAAAAUUUGGGACUUGGCCACAGGGCAAUUAAAAGUUUCUUUAACAGGUCAUGUUAGUACAGUUAGAGGUUUAGCUGUAAGUAGUCGCCAUCCAUAUUUAUUUAGUUGUGGGGAAGAUAGGCAAGUGAAAUGUUGGGAUUUGGAAUACAACAAAGUUAUAAGACACUAUCAUGGGCAUUUAUCAGCUGUUUACUCAUUAUCAUUACACCCAACAAUUGAUGUUUUAUUAACAGCCGGUCGGGAUUCGACCGCUAGGGUUUGGGACAUGAGAACAAAAGCCAAUGUACACACAUUAACCGGACAUACUCACACAGUAGCGAGUGUUAUCACUCAAUCUUCAGAACCACAAGUUAUAACUGGUUCUCAUGACACAACAAUUAGAUUGUGGGAUUUAGCUGCUGGCAAAUCAAUUUGUACAUUAACCAAUCACAAAAAGAGUGUAAGAAGUUUAGUGUUUCACCCCACGUUAUAUAUGUUCGCUUCUGGAUCUCCAGAUAAUAUCAAACAAUGGAAAUGUCCCGAUGGGAAAUUUAUACAGAACUUAUCCGGUCACAAUGCCAUCGUUAAUUGUUUAGCAGUUAAUCCUGAAGGAGUUUUAGUUUCUGGGGGUGACAAUGGGACUUUGCACUUUUGGGAUUGGAGAACCGGGUAUAAUUUUCAAAGAUUACAAGCUCCUGUUCAACCCGGAUCGAUGGAUAGCGAAGCAGGGAUUUUUUCGAUGAUUUUCGAUCAAUCUGGGUCGAGAUUAAUUACCACCGAAGCCGAUAAAACUAUUAAGAUUUAUAAAGAAGACGAUACAGCCACCGAAGACAGCCAUCCAAUUAAUUGGAAACCGGAUAUAUUGAAAAGACGAAAGUUUUAAUUUUUCUCCAAAUAAAAUUUAUAUAAAAUACAAUAUAUGAGGUAUUAACAA